AUGAGGAAGUUCUUCAGAGAAGCAAAGCAAAAGAUCGAGGCAGAAAUCGCCUCCAUCACCGGCGACGAUGAGCCCCAACAGCAGCAGCCGCCGCCGCAACAUCAACAGCAGUACUAUCCCCCUCAACCGCCGCAUCAGGGGUUCGAGAGAGCGGUAUUCGCUCAUUUCAUGCUGAGCAAUACCUGCGAGUACACCGUGGACGAGUACAAAGUCGACAUUGGCCUAGCCCAGCAAGCGCACAUUGACGCCUUUGUCCUAAACUUUGGCAUCCACGAAGAAGCCAUCGUGAGGCUCCCCGACGUCUUCGCCGCCGCCGAGCAGACGGGCUUCAAGCUCCUCUUAUCCUUCGAUUACGAAGGAGCAGGAGCAUGGCCCAAGGAGCGCGUCAUCGAAAUCGUCAGCAGAUUCGGCCCCUCACCAGCCUACUUCAAACGCGGCCAUCAGCCCGUCGUCUCAACUUUCGAAGGCGUCGGCAACGCAGCCGACUGGCACGAGAUCAAGGCCGCGACGAACUGCUUCUUCAUCCCCUCCUUCUCCUCCAUCGGCGCCGACAACGCCCUCAAGACGGGCGUCACCGACGGCCUCUUCAGCUGGGCCGCCUGGCCCCACGGCAACGCGCGCAAGAUGGACGAGGGGCUCGACGCAUCGUACCGCCACGCCCUCGGCCCGCACCGCCCCUACAUGGUCGCCGUCUCCCCUUGGUUCUACACCAACCUGCCCACCUGGAACAAGAAUUGGGCGUGGAAGGGUGAUGACCUGUGGAACGAUCGAUGGAAUGAGAUUUUGGCCAUGAGGCCCGAGUAUGUGCAGAUUCUCACCUGGAACGACUUUGGAGAAUCGCACUACAUAGGCCCCCUCCACGAGAAGCAAUUCGGCGCCUUCGAAUACGGCCAAGCCCCCUUCAACUACGUCCGCGACAUGCCCCACGACGGCUGGCGCCUCCUCCUCCCCUUCCUCAUCGACCUCUACAAAUACGGCACCGCCACCGUCCGCCGCGAGGGCCUCGUAACCUGGUACCGCCUCCACCCGGCCCACGCAGGCGACGCCGGCGGCACGACGGGCAACACCUCCUCCCACGGCCAGGAGCUCUUCCACCCGUCCGAGAUCAUGGAGGAUAAAAUCGUCUUCUCGGCGCUGCUGACGGGUCCCGCGCAGGUUACCGUGAGCGUGGGCGGCGUCGCCGAGGAGGCUCGCUGGGACGAGGAUGAUGGCACUCCUGCGCGUGGUGGCGUGGGCGUGUAUCACGGUAGUGCGCCGUUUAAUGGUCGGACUGGCGAGGUUGUCGUGACUGUGCACCGCGGCGGGGACGUUGCGGCUCAGGUGCAGGGGCGGCCUAUAACAACUGAGUGCCAUCAUGGAGGAAUGAAUAAUUGGAACGCUUGGGUUGGCGCCGCCGAAUCUCAUGUGGAAACACAUGCUGUUGCGUAUUUGGGUUAG